UAUGGAACGAUUAUUGGAAUUGACUUAAGGACAACUUAUUCUUGUGUUGGUGUUUAUAAAAAUGGACGUGUCGAAAUCAUUGCAAACGAUCAAGGUUUAAAUAAAAGUUGGGAAAUAGAAAAGGACCCCGCCGGUUCCCUCAACAUCUCCCAAAGGGUUGGGAAUAGUUAAAAAUGACUGGCAUAAAGAGUAGAACGGGGGCCACCUUGAAUGUCAAAGGCCGGAGAUAAAAUGGCCCGUGGAAGUCCCUCCACCUCUCUCUAUUGGUCAAGUUAUCCAGAAGGUAACCGUAUUACUCCUUCCUACGUGGCGUUUACUGAAAAUGGUGAAAGAUUGAUUGGGGACGCGGCAAAGAAUCAGUUGACGUUGAACCCGGAAAACACCAUCUUCGAUGCAAAACGCUUAAUUGGAAGGGAGUUUACCGACAAAACUGUUCAGGAUGACAUGAAGUUGUGGCCAUUCGGGGUUGCUGAUAAAGCUAACAAGCCACACAUCAAGGCUAACGUCAACGGAGAAAUCAAACAAUUUGCUCCAGAAGAGAUUUCAGCAAUGGUUCUUGGAAAAAUGAAGGAAAUUGCCGAAGCCUAUUUGGGUCAUGAAGUUACGCAUGCUGUGGUUACGGUCCCCGCCUACUUUAACGAUGCUCAACGUCAAGCUACCAAAGAUGCUGGAACUAUCUCUGGACUUAAUGUUGUACGUAUUAUUAAUGAACCGACAGCUGCGGCAAUCGCUUAUGGAUUGGACAAGAAAGAAGGGGAACGCAACAUUCUUGUCUUUGACCUUGGCGGAGGCACCUUCGACGUCUCUUUGUUGACUAUCGAUAAUGGAGUUUUUGAAGUAUUGGCAACAAAUGGAGACACUCACUUGGGAGGUGAAGAUUUUGAUCAGAGGACGAUGGAAUACUUUAUUAAAUUGAUUAAAAAGAAGACUGGAAAGGAUUUGAGGAAGGAUAACCGAGCUGUUCAAAAACUUCGUCGUGAGGUCGAAAAGGCAAAGAGAGCCCUCUCAGUCCAGCACCAAGUCAAAAUGGAAGUUGAAUCCUUAAUUGAUGGAAUUGAUUUUGCUGAAACUUUAACUCGUGCCAAAUUUGAAGAAUUAAAUAUGGAUUUGUUUAGAGGAACGCUUAAACCUGUACAGAAAGUUUUGGAAGAUGCAGAUAUGAAGAAGGAUGAUAUUCAUGAAAUCGUUUUGGUUGGUGGAUCAACAAGAAUUCCAAAAAUUCAACAGUUGUUGAAAGAUUUCUUUAAUGGAAAAGAACCUUCUCGUGGCAUUAAUCCAGAUGAGGCUGUUGCUUGUGGUGCUGCUGUCCAAGCUGGAGUAAUCUCUGGAGAAGAAGACACCGAAAUUGUUUUGUUGGACGUUAACCCUUUAACUCUCGGUAUUGAAACUGUUGGUGGUGUAAUGACAAAAUUGAUCAACCGAAACACUGUUAUCCCAACUAAAAAAGCACAAGUUUUCUCUACUGCGGCAGAUAAUCAACCAACUGUUACAAUUCAGGUCUAUGAAGGAGAACGUCCAAUGACUAAAGACAACCACAUGCUUGGAAAAUUCGACUUGACAGAAAUUCCACCAGCACCUCGUGGAGUGCCACAAAUUGAGGUAACCUUUGAAAUCGACGUCAACGGAAUCCUUCAUGUAACAGCUGAAGAUAAGGGAACUGGAAAUAAAAAUAAAAUUACCAUCACAAAUGAUCACAACCGUUUGUCUCCUGAAGAUAUUGAAAGAAUGGUUAAUGAUGCGGAGAAGUUUGCUGAGGAAGAUAAACGUGUUAAAGAAACUGUUACAUUACGUAAUGAAUUGGAAUCACAUGCCUAUCAACUCAAGAACCAGGUUUGUUAAUGAAAUUUUUUUUGGGGGUUUGAAGAGAUUUUCUUUGGGGGGGGGGGGGGGGUUCGCUUGCGUGUCUCGGGAAUGAUUUUUCUUGUUUGAGGGAUUGGAUGUUUUGUUUGGGGAUAGGAUGGACUGUUUUGGUGGGGGAUGGGGGCAGAGAUGAGCUGUGGCAUUAAUUGAAUGUCUUGCGGUGGUUUGGGAGCAAUGAUGAUGGUCGGUUUAGUGGUGGGUUUGCCUGUAUUUGGGUAGGCUGGGGAGUGUAUUAGGUGUUUUGUUGGGGGCAUUAACUUUGGGCAAUGCAGAUGUGUGCUUCAACAUCA